UCUUUCAUGCUAGUACAUCUCUGGACAGUUGUGUCCUGGCAGGCGAGCGCCAUACUGCGGCACAGCAGCGGUUCACCUCGUUUACGCAGUAGACUGUGUAGAGCAAACUGUGGGCACAUUUUGGAUAUAAAUGGAGGAUGUUGUAGCGUGUGGGAGUGUUUGGAAAAUAUAUUGUUAAAAUGGCGAAGGACCAAGAAGUCGAGCGCAUUGCUAAAAAGCUUGAUAAGAUGGUGAACAAGAAAAAUACGGAUGGGGCUAUUGAUUUGCUGAAGGAGCUGAAAAACAUGACGAUGUCUUUGGAAACGCUGCAGUCCACCAGGAUCGGCAUGUCGGUGAACGCAGUGAGGAAGCAGAGCUCCGAGGAGGAAGUGCAGAGUUUGGCCAAGUCCCUCAUCAAAUCAUGGAAGAAGCUGCUGGACGGUUCUGAUGGCAAGAUGGAGAAGAAAAAGGACUCUUGCCCCCUGACGCCAUCCUCCAAUGACAGCCCAGGGUCUAGUGAUUGGAGUUCAAGCAAAACACAAGACAUCCCAAAGACUCCCACCACCCCGACCACCCCCACCACCCCGAAGUUCACCACCUUUCCCCCAGCCCCCGUUACCGCCGACAGCGUCCGCACCAAGUGCAGGGAGCUGCUGGUGGCGGCCUUGCAGACGGAUGAUGAUUACAAAACUAUUGGAGUAAAUUGUGAGGACUUGGCUGCACAGAUUGAAGAUUGCAUCUUCCAGGACUUCAAGUCCACAGACAUGAAGUACAAGAGUCGGCUGAGGAGCCGCAUCUCCAACCUGAAGGACCAAAAGAACCCAGAUCUGCGCCGGAACGUCCUCUGCGGGAACAUCUCUGCCGAGCGCAUCGCCACUAUGAGCGCCGAGGAAAUGGCAAGUGCUGAGCUGAAAGAGAUGAGGAAGGCCCUGACCAAGGAGUCUAUCCGUGAGCACCAGCUCUCCAAAGUGGGUGGUACAGAGACUGACAUGUUCAUCUGUGGGAAGUGCAAAGGGAAGAACUGCACCUACACCCAGGUGCAGACCCGCAGUGCUGAUGAGCCCAUGACCACCUUUGUGCUGUGUAACGAGUGUGGGAACAGGUGGAAGUUCUGUUAAGGUGUGGAAGAGUCCAGAUUCGUCCUCAAGCACUCACAUGGAUAGCACCGAAGGUUACUUAGUUAUAAUUGCAGAUUUCUUUCUUUUUUUUUUGUACAUAAAUAAUACAUUUAGAGUAUUAAGCACUGCAUAUAUUAAUAAGUUAAGGUUGUUAAUUUUAUUUUUAGUUGUUUUUCUUACUAAGAACAUGAAAUCUUGUAAAUAUUUUGUUGAUAUGAUUACUGUAACUUUAGAUCUGAUCAUGUAAGGUCUUGUUUUGGGUUUUUCGCGGGUGGGGGGAGGGAGGGGGGCAUUUUCUCAGAACGGUUAUUUUCCACUCAACAGCAGGUGCUGUUCACUGGGGUAUGAUAUGAAACUAUGAAGCACUGCAGUCUUAACUUGCAUACAUUACCUAUGCAUUUCUGUUGUGACCAAAUGAGCAUGAGAGUGUUCAUGCCAGAAUGCAGCAUUGUGCAAAAAGCAGUGAAAUGAGAAUUUGGCAACUAAAACUCUGUUUCGCCUCAGCCCCUUUUCAAAUAAUACAGAAUGGGGGAAGGUAGGGGCCAGAACAUAGAGGGUUUUUUUAUUUUUUUUUUAUUUUUACAGAUUUAUAAUUUCUUCGCUAUACAUUUCAUUUUUACUUUUCUUUGAGGGGUUCAUGAAUUUCAUUAAAAUUAUGACAUAAGCUUGUAA